AUGAGCUCAGUUUCUUGGAGCCAGGACAACGGGUUCUUGAUGGACGUUGGCAGCUUGAAUUUUUUAAAAAGCUCGAGUUUGGAUGUAGAUAUGGACAAUUAUCAAAUUGCGGAAGAAUCGUCAAUAGAUGAGGUUUCUGGGGCUUUACAGACAUUUUUUGAGGGUUUUGGGCCUCUCGGUGGAUCUGGAGAGUCCUUUGUUCGCCCUAAACGUGGUCUAAAAUUCCAAAUGGCCCCAGUAAGAGCGCGUAGUUUAGGCUAUUACAAGUGCAUUGGUGACAAAGAAGCUGGCAAUGGUGACCAGAAAGAUGUGAGAUUGCUGACGCCCAAUUUCCACGGCAUGGACUCCUCGGAGGCUUACAAACAGUUUGUUCUCACAUGCUUCGAGAUCUACAAGAAUUUGGGCGAGGACCGAUUUUUCUCGAUCCCCACACUGGGACUUGUCAGCCAGUCUGCGCAAAUUGAGCAUUCGCAGGCAGUCAAUUUGGCCAUGGACGCGCUGUUGGAUGAACUAGAGACUUUUGCGCUCACACAGAGCCUCGGACGAGCCUCAGAGCUUGAAGAAUGCAUUGCGGUUCUGAAUUGCGUCAAAGCUCUUUAUUUCACUUCAUAUCCACAAGACCAGGAACUGGAAAACGGCAGUCUCGUUCAAAAUGUCGCACACUGGAUCAACAGGGCGGAUGGAGAGCCAUCAGAGCGAGUUAUCGAACAAGUGUUCUCAGGUAACAACGACAUUAAGGUUUACGAAAAAUCUUCUCUUUGGAAACUCGUCAAUCAACUACUGCUGAGGGGGCUCUUCGAGCAAGCGCUUGCUGUUUUGGAGCGUUCUGGGAUCUUCUCCGCCCUGGAAUCUCAGUGUGAGGUUACUUUUAAUGUUUUGACCGAUGCCACUUCACUGUUGAAGGAGUAUCCAUACAGUGACGGGGUAAGCUUCAGAGAAUGGAAAGCCACGGCAUUGAAUCUAUCGCAAUUUUUCUCCGAAUGCGCCACAAACUUGGGUUCAGAUCUAAGGGACUUUAUAAACGACAUGCUCCACCUGAUUAGCGGGACGCAAGCCAAAAUCAUCCAAUAUUCCAAUACUUGGUUUGAGUCCUUCUGUGGACUAUUGACAUUUUACAUCCCAACAAUAGGCCUAUCAGAAGAAUAUUUGCAACUGUCGCUAGACGCUCAUCCUGCCGAUGUUUGCAACGCGUGGGAGCAGGCUUGCGUCGAUGUAAUAAGAGGUAAAGUCUACGCAGUACUGCCGAUGCUGGAAUCGCAAGAUUACUGCGUAGCUGCGUUCUUUGCUGGAAUCUGUGAGGCAAAAGGGUUGUUGGAAUCAAGCAACAGUUUACUAAACCACUCGAAAAAAUAUGACGAUAGCAUCGAAGAGGAUUUGUUUUCUUCCAAAAACAGUAUGGCGAGUUUUUUGCUUCACGGUUUUGCGAUGGAGCUCUGUUCUUAUGACGACAAACACCUGUGGUCGGUGGCGAUUGGGACCUUAGCAUUGUCACCCAGCGGUAGCAGCAGUGCUGUAAGGUUGGCCAUUGCGGAACUGUUACCACAUUUCCCAUUUGAAAAUAAUGACGAUGUGGAAUGGAUGUUAACCCUAUGCGCGAAAUGGAGACUUCCAGAGGUGGCCAAGACCAUAUAUCGAAUUCUGGGCAACAAGUUUUUGUAUGAGAACAAUGUGAUAGAGGCGAUGACAAACUUCAGUAAAGCAGGCGAGUAUGAGUGGGUCAAGCACUAUUCGUGGAUGAUUUUCGAGGCUUCUGUGAUCCAAGGGUCGCCAUUGGAAGAUGAAGUUAUAGACGCGAUAGUAAGCAGACGAGCGGAAGUGGAAAUUCCUAGAGAAAUUUUGGCAAAUGUAUUAACGGACGCCAUGAGACAGACACUUUCACCGUACGCUGUACUGUGCCAAUUCUACAGACAAGCGGGCCAGCAAGACUGGGAUAGAGCACUACAGAGCCUUUUGAUCCUAUUUGAGUUCCCGUACUUGCCAAGUCAUUAUCUUGCACUACUGAUGGCCAAGUUUUUAUACCCCGUUUUCCUACAAAAUGAUUCUAAACAGAUCUCCGAGGACAAGAUAAUACGCAUAAUUCGAGCUUUAAACAAUUUUGAAUCGGACAACGACAAAAGUGUUGCGCUGUAUGAGGUUUUGAAAGAACGCGAAGACUCCGAUCUUUUGCCAACCGACCUAGACGGGUUGAUCAAAUUGGUGAGGAAAAGACUGAAUUUCAAAGUUUGCCAAGAGUUCAUGAAUUAG